AUGGCUCAAACCAAGACCAACGAUCAGGAGUAUCUCGCUAAGCCCCCGGGGCCCUGUUGCUUCACGGGCACCAUCCACGAUGGAAACCCCGCUGGCAAAGUGGAAGACAUAAUCGAUGUGCCGACCUACGUUGUACGACCCGCCGACGUGAAGUCAUCGCCAAACGGUCAUGUAGUGCUCUACUUUCCUGACGUCUGGGGACUCUCCGUCAACGCCAAGCUGCUCAUGGACGGGUUCGCCGCCGCCGGGUACAUAGCGCUUGGAAUGGACUACUUUCGAGGAGACCCAAUCUCUAAAUAUCGCACCAACAAGUCUGACCCGCUGCCACCUGGGUUCGAUCACGCCGCCUGGCGCACCAAGCACUGGACCUUUGCGGUGGAAAACGUACCCAAGUGGACCACGGCUGUUCGUGAGAAGUUCGGCGGGCAGGUUCCGGGUACGGAGACUCGCUAUGCCUGCACCGGAUAUUGCUUUGGUGCACCAUUCGUGUGUGAUCUGUUGGCCGGAGUAGCUGGAGAUGGAGAGCCGGUGGUGUCCGCGGGAGCAUUUGCCCAUCCGACUGCGUUGAAAGAGGAACACUUCGCCAACCUGAAGAAACCGCUACUCCUGUCAUGUGCGGAAAACGAUCAGGCAUUCAACACCGAGUCAAGGCGAAAAGCCAUCGAUGUCUUACAGCGCGAGCAAAAGGCCUAUCACGUUCAACUGUUCUAUGGUGUAGGUCACGGCUUUGCCGUGAAAGGGGAUCCGGCUGAUCCGUACCAACGUUGGUGCAAGGAACAAAGCCUUCGUGCCAUGGUCGAUUGGUUUGACCUGUGGUUGGUCCACAAGACGCGAUCUUCUAGUUUGUAG